ACGUGUAUUGACUACUUUAAUGAGAUGUUUUUUUGAAGAAAUAGUGAAAACUUUAAUAAAGGUAACAAGCUUUAGAGAAAUAGAUGAUUAUAGAAGCAUAGUAGAAAAUAAUUUGUUGGGUCUGUCAAGUUGCACCUUUGAGAUGAUAAUUAUGAGGUUAUAG